UCCUAUCAGACCUACAGAGCCAGCCAUGGGGAAAACAGUGCAUCUCAACCUGUACGUGAUUCUGUCUGUCUGUGUCGUAAUAUGUGGCGCACAUGUGGUGGAGUGGACUUACCAAGAAGGAGAAGUAGAUGAAGCAAACUGGGGUAAAAAAUAUCCCCUGUGUGCCGCAAAACAUCAGUCCCCUGUUGAUAUUCAACGGAAGAAAGUUGCAUAUAAUCCUGAGCUUGUUCCGCUGGAUUUAGAAGGCUAUGAUGGACCAUUGCAUGGACAAUUCCGAAUUUCCAACAAUGGCCAUUCAGUGCAAAUAGAACUUCCACCUACCAUGAAAAUAGCAAACGGACUUCCGCACACAUAUACUGCCGUACAAAUGCAUCUGCACUGGGGUGGACUGGAUCUGGAGACGAGCGGCUCUGAGCAUACAGUUGAUGGUAUGAGAUACAUGGCAGAGCUGCAUAUUGUGCAUUAUAACUCUGAAUUAUACGAGACCUUUGAUGAGGCCAAAGACAAGCCUAAUGGUCUAGCAGUGCUUGCUUUUCUAUAUGUGGAUGGCAACUUUGAAAACACAUAUUACAGUGAAGUGAUUUCCAAGCUAGCCAAGAUCCGUUAUGCAGGUCAAGAAACUGAAAUAAGGACAAUUAACCCAUUGGCUAUGUUGCCUGAAGACCUGGAUAAAUAUUAUCGUUACCAGGGCUCCCUUACUACUCCCCCCUGUACAGAGAACGUGCUGUGGACUGUAUUCGAUUCUCAUAUCAUCCUCUCCCAAAAUCAGAUCAAAUUGCUGGAGGGGACAUUGCUGGAUUGGCACAAUAAUACUCUGCGUAAUGAUUACCGCCAUGCGCAGCCACUGAAUGAUCGUGUGGUACAGUCUUCUUUCAAAGUAAAAUUGUCAAAAGAAUUCUGCCAGCAAGAGAUCACCUCUAAACUGACCCAAAUCGAGACUGACCUUUUAGAUGUGAAAAGGAGGGUAGAACCCUCAAGAGGUCGUGCAGGUUCUCCUGCAGUUCCACACUAUCCUCUGUUCUUUUUCUCCAGGACUCACCCAGCUGCUCACGUGGAAGUUCAUCUCCUUAAACCUUUAGAGUUGACUCAGUUCACCCUGUGUGUGUGGGUGAGAACCAAGCAUGAGGGCAAUCAGAAAGUCUUUUCUUACUCCACCACAAACAGUGACAAUGAACUUGUCCUAGGUAUAGGGUCCGGCAUAUAUCUAUGGAUUGGAGGGAUAUCUGUUGACUUCAACAUACAUCACACAUCAGAGGACUGGGUUCAUUACUGUGUACGGUGGGAGUCUUCCUCCGGGCGCAGUGAGCUCUGGGUGAGCGGGCUUCAUGGAAAAGAACAAGUUAUCCAGAAAGGAUAUAACAUUAAACCUGGUGGUAUAGCCCUUCUUGCUAAAGACCGAUUUGAUCUCUUGGGACUGUUUAAUAACAGCUUCUUUGGAAGGUUAAGUCAGCUCCACUUGUGGAGUCACCUACUCAGUGCCCAAGAGAUUGCAUCACUAAGUAAAUGUCAAGUAACAGGACUUAAGGGAGAUGUAAUAUCAUGGGGAGACACCUCCAUGACCGUGUCUGGUGGUGUCAUUCUUGAGCCAGAUAACAGCUGCUAACUCAUUGCAAUACCAUGCAUUGUUACUUCCUGUCUACAAAAGAUUGUUACUUAAUUUCACCCUAUUAGGGGUAUAUAUCUCACAUCCAGUGCCACUUAUAUAUCCACUGUUUUUCCAACAGCCAGGAUCUAUUAGGCUAGAGCUACACAACAACUUUGGUCGCGCGACACAAAGAUCACAGUUUCUUAGUGUGCUGUUACGCGUAAUGUUAGGGAAUGGUGACUUGGCACCUGCGAUCAAAAAAUCCAACAAAGAUGCGAGUGUCAAGUCAUAUUUGGCUGUUCCAUUAACCGCAAUGCAAGUUGCAUGCGAAUGCAACCUACUCCUGACUUGUCUGCGAUUUGGCUAUUUUUUUUUUUUCACACGAGCGUAUUACAUUUUUUGCAUCUGUACUAUGGAUGCAAGUAUUAGCUUGAUCGCGUUUCUGAUGAGCCAAACUGACAGCUGUUCGUACAGGUCAUUAGACCUGUGAUCAGGCUGGAUCCUGGGUCUGUAAUACAGAUGCAAAUUCUUGCAUGUAAUACACUUAUGUAAAAACACAAGAAUCACAAAAGUCGUGCAGUUAUUUUGGUCACGCAGCUUUGAUAAGUUUUGCUGUUAUGCCACAAAUGUUGCUGUCUUGCUCCAGUCUAAACAUAUUACAUAUUUACUUCUCUUAUCUUAUCAAUAGGUUGGAUAAUUAUACAUCACUUGGGUUAAUGUUCAUUUACAAUUCUUAUCUCUGACUUACAAUUAUAUAGGUGAAAUCUGUUGAUUUAUUAUAAUAAAGUGACUUUUGAACUUAAAGGAAAACUGUCACA